CCCAUUGUUCUAAUUGGCUGAUUGAGAACAACUGCACAUGACAUUUCUCUAUUAUUGGUUUAUUUGGUUUAUCAACACAGAAGUGUCACCACUUGUCAUCAUAUAUCACUUUUAUUUUGUUGGUUGAUAGUACUCUCCUUUAGUUAAGUUCAAGGAGCUGUAAUGUAGUUUUGUGAUACAUCAUCCCAGUGCAAUUAAAUAUUUAAUAGUACAUGACGAGUAGCACCUCAAAUGAAAUUUGGUGUUUUUUGUUACAAAUAAAUUGAUAUGGAUUCCCAACAAAUUAACGAAUUAAGAAGUAAUUUUUUACAACAGCUUGCAACCAAAGGAAAUGAUGUCAUCCACUCCAAGGACUUGGAAAGAGUGAAGAAGGAUGAUAGUUGGCUUCACAGAUUUUUGUUACAUCACGAUAAUAAUAGUACUGAGGCACUAAAUAUGUUAUGGGAGUGUGUUACAUGGAGAAAAGACUUUCAAGCUAAUGAAGUGGCUGAUCAAGUAAAAAUGGAUAUUAUUGUCCAAGGUGGUUUUUUCCCCUUUGGACAUGAUAAAGAUGGGUGCACCCUGUUUGUGUUCAAAUGUAAAAAAUAUGUUAAAGGCACCCACAACAUGGAUGACUUACGAAGGUGUGUUGUAUAUUGGUUUGAAAGACUAGAAAGGCAAGGCAAAGGUAAACCAAUUACUUUAUUCUUUGACAUGGAAGGCUGUGGUUUAGCAAACAUGGACUUAGAAUUUACAAAGUAUUUAAUAGGCCUAUUUAAACAAUACUACCCAUAUUUCCUUAAUUAUAUUCUUAUAUUUGAAAUGCCGUGGAUAUUAAAUGCUGCCUUUAAGAUUAUAAAAUCAUGGUUACCAGAAAAAGCGGUCCAAAAAAUUAAAUUCGUAGGAAAGAAGGACAUCAAAGAGUAUGUCCCUCUGGAUCAGGCCUUAACUUGUUGGGGAGGACAAAACGAUUACACGUUCAGUUUCCUUCCUGAGCCCCAAGAAACUAUGUCUGUAAAUACAAGCACGCCCAUUUCCACAAAUAGAAAGGUUCAUUUUGCUGAUGGGUCUUCGAUGUCAGAGUCACCAGAAGGGAGUGGAGACAAAGAUCACGAUGGAAGUGCCCUUAGCGUGCAACCAUCCAGCAUCAUCAACUUUGUCAAAGAGGGAGGAGAGCUGGUCAGUACCCUGGAACUACAAAAUACCGACAGUUCCAUCAUCUUGUCUUUCAAGCUAAAAACCACAUCCCCUGAAAAAUUCCGCGUCAGACCUAGCGUCGGUAGCUUAACACCUGGAGCACGAGCAACGGUACAUGUGACUCUCUUACCUGGAUUCCAGCUAGGUGGCCUGUCAAGAGACAAAUUCUUAGUGAUGAGUACAGUCAUAGAUUCUAGUGAAAUGAACCAAGAUUUAGCACAGUUGUGGAAGGAUACAACUGGACGGAAAGUAAACCAACAUCGAUUAAAGUGUGCCCAAACGAACGAGAUCUCCAAAAAUGGUAAUGCGAUAGCUGUGUCGGGCGGGUUACCUGAUGGCGAUCAAACCAGCAACAAUCAACUUCUCACAAAAAUAAAUAACUUAACGGAGUGCCAAAGUCAGUUACAUGGGGCUGUUAAACGUAUUCAAUAUUUACAACUAGCGACUGUCGCAUUGGUUGUUGUUUUGGGAGCUUUGGUAUCUUACAUAAUCCAUCUCGAAAACCGAGAGGGGUUCUCUGGUUCGUGUAGGGCUCCAUAACAAUAACUGUUAGAAGCAGGCUCCAAUCAAAUUAAUUUAAUUCAAAAAUUGUUGCAGAAUACAAUUUACCUGUUGUUUUAUUUAAUCUGUAUAUUUAAAUUGAUUUUGUGCUUUUAGUUGCUGGUGCCUGCAGUAAUGACAAUAUUCUAUACUUACAUUCCUAUAUAAAUUCAAAAUUUACUAUUUUGGUUAUUUAAGAUUUUAAAACUUUUUGUUAUUUUAGUGCAGUACUUUUUGUUAAAUCCAUAUCAGCUUGAGUGAUAUUGUUAUCAAAGUUGUAACGGCAAAGUCAACAAUGGUUGGAUCUUUGUCGACUGUACUAUAUAUAUUUGAGCCUGUAUAUUUUUGUUGGUGAUCUUAGGAAGAGCAUAUUGUUAACAAAACUUCGCUUUCUUUUGAGGUUUUAUAUUUUUAUUUAAGAUUUUUUCAUGCUAUGUACAAUCGCAUUAAAAGAACUGAUCAAAGGUUAUUUGUAUAUAUUUUUGCCUAUGUGUAAGUUACACAACUAUAAAUAGAUUUUGUUUUAUAUUGCAAAUUAUAUAUUUUUGUUUAUUACUUUUUUGAGAUGUGUAUUUUAUUUACUUGGUUACUCUGAUAACACAUAAACUGACCUAGGAUUAUUACUUUGUUACAAAUAUUCCUACAAAACUGCCAAACAACCAUAAUAUUAAAGUAUUAACUAUAACACUGUGAGUAAGUCUACUGAGACAUGAAAUUUGGAUAUGUUUUUUCUUUAAAUGCCUAAAAGUAUCUAAAAAUACCAAAGAAAAAAAUAUCUUAAACUUAUGAUCUCUUUGUGGCUACAGUUCCAAAUUUCAUUUAGCCUCAGACUUUAGAUGUAUUGCUAAAACAACAACACAAUAGCUCGGAUUGGUACAAAUUAGUACAUACAUCUCAGAUCCAGUAUCUUUCAACAUAAUUGUUAUCAACCAAUCGAACUUCAUUUACGCUUGUAACAAGUAUUUUUGUACAAUGUUCUGUAAGAAUACUUCCCCAAAUUUCACAUUUACGGAGAGUAGAUAAACGAUAGUUGACAAUGUAGAAAAAAUUAUAUUUAGUUCAAAAAAACAACUGUAUAAAAAUAAAUUAAUACAAAAUG